CUUUUUCAUUUCUCCAUAUUUGAACUACCUUGUUUUACUAAACAUGUGUUGAAUGCUUUGAGGACUUGAAAUUAUUAUCUUCGUCUUGGAAUGACUUUUUGAUGCCAUAGGAUUGUUUUCUUUGCUUUAAUGUUCUGGAUAUGAAAUUUGGGAGACCUUUGUGGGCUAUUUUCAUGCAUUUCUUGAGUUCUCAAAGACCGCCCACCUAGUAUUCGUAGAAAGUCCCCAACUACAUAGUUCCCAUUUUCUUCAAUCCUACUCAUUGAGCAUCAACUUCCACGCACUUGUUAACUCUAGUUUACUUAAUUUUGUAUUGUUUGGGGAGACCCUAGCAUUUUCCUUGUCAUUGAACUCCAUCUUCAUCUAAGCUCUAUCUUUUGUGCAUGCCUUAGUCUCACUCAAAUGUGGGGGGGAAACUUAGAGAGUUGUUGAGAGUUCUUUGAAUAUUCCUUUUUAUGUUAUGUGAUGUUUGGAUUGAUGGUUUGUUCAUUAUGUACUACUUGUUUUGAAGGAUGAUUUACAAGACUAAGGAAAUGGCACGUGGAGAGAGUUCUUCUAAUAUGGAGCGUUCUCGAACCUCUCAUCAUCGCCAAGGGCAUCAGAAGAAGAAAAGUAAAUCCGGGUCAAACGAAGUAAUUUUUGAAGAACCACAUCCACCAUCACUCUCUCCCCAUCUACAAAGGGAAAUCCAUCAAGAUAAUGAAGCCAAUGUUGGAGGCGGCAUAGAGCACAUCACUCACUAUUAUUUGGACAAUGUCCCCGAGCAAUUUAAGACCAAACUUAUGUGGCUUCAAGGACUUUCUCUAUGAGAGAGUACGUGUCUCAACUGGACACUCUUCGCACAACUUGGGGUCGAGGAUGCGAUCUGAUCCAAGGUUUAGAAAUUGGAGUGGCUUAAAUUGUUAUCCAUUCAAGAAAACAUCUACCGGGUACUUAACCUGGAGUUCAUUAGCACUCUUACCAUUCAAGAUAUGAGAGGUGUCGCCGACCUUGAAGACAACAUCCAAUUCGAACUAGGAAGAGAGCAUCUCCAACUUUCAAUAUAGGAAUUUAUAAGAGCCAUGGAUAUUUACCCGGCUAAUUUCAUUGACUCACCAGACGCAUUGGCCACCUUGACAAGGGAAUCCGACUUCCCAUGUUUCAAGUCCUUCUAUGAAUCCGAAGUCAAGAAAUCCAAUAGUUGGUUGUGGGAUGUCAAGUUAUCAAAGGCUAGUGAGGUGAAACUAGAGUGGCGGCUCAUCCACCAUGUGAUUGCUAGGUCCGUGGGUGGAAAGAACCAAAGUAAAGGCAAUUUAACUAACCGAGACGUCACUUUCUUACAAAGCAUGCACCUACCUCAAUCUCUUCACCUUGGUUUGGUCAUCUUGUCCAUCUUCAAACAUUAUGAAACAAAUCAUUGACUCACUGCCGUUCAUGGAGGAUUUUUUUUCACACGUCUUGCCAAGUAUUUUCAUGUCGACUUCGGUGCCAUGCAAUUUCGGUUGGAUAGUAGGACUACUCCUAUAUCCUUUCACGUCUUGAAUUCGAAAAUCAAAGCGUUGCACAUGAAUGACAAUGGCUUUUGGGGAGUACGCGAACUUACAUUUCAGCUACUAACACGUUGGACAUGGAGGGUACCGUGUUCCGCCUUCCGGAAGCUACGACGGAAAAAGGACGAAUAGGACUAGUAAAUGAGGAAGAACAAGUGGGAAGCAUGUUUGAGGGAGGAGAGGCGCCUACAUCCACUUCUCAUUCGGUUCCCUAACCGUUCAACAAUGCAAAGAUUACCGAGUCGGAGCGAUGAUAGCGGCGAUCCUUCACAAUAAAAGGAGGGAGAAGGAAGCGCGACUCCACAUCAUGGCACGCAUCCAUGCUAUAAUGAAGAAAAUGGAUAUUCCGAUUGAAGAUGUAUCGCCCAACUUGCUCGCCCCCCUCCCCUUUCACCAUUCCAAGAAUAAGAAGGACCCUCCGAUGAGGAUUGAGUACUAUGCAUCCAGGGCCUAAGUUCUAUCUUUUCUUUUUCUUUGUUUUCUUUGUUUUACUUUAAAACAACAUUUAAUUAUUGCUUUACUUUCGUUUUACUUUUCGUACUUUAAAUAUUCAUAUACUAGUAGUAAUCGUUCUUAUAUAUUCUACUUAUCGUACCUAUAACUCUUAAUUGUCUUCCUCUCUUCUUAUGCGCUUUAUCGUUGUGAAAACCGCCAGGAAGACAAAGACAUACACUUGUGUACCUUCACCAACCCACAACCUAACUUAUGGUAACUUUAAUGAUCUUUUCUUCUGAAUCUCCCACAUUGAGGACAAUGUGUUGAUCAAGUGUGUGGUGUGUGUGUGUGUGGGGGGGGGGGGGGAUGCUUGAAUGAUUUUCAUGAUUGAUUGAGCCAUGAAUUACUAGUAUCCUCCCUUGUUUAUGAAUUUAAGACAUUGAUGAAUGCUUAUUGGAGUGCAUGCUAGCGAUUUUGUGUGUUUGUGGUGUUGAGUGGCCAAAUGAUAGUGCUUUGGAACCUUGAAUGCAUUACCCAAAAAAUUUCAAAUUCGAGGGUUCCAAAAUACCUUAUUCCUUGCAAUCCCCUACUCGAUAUGCUUUGAAUUGAUAGGUGAUUAAUGUGUUGUGCUCUCUAGGGAGUAGUUGCAUGAUUAGAGUACCGGUGUAUGAGGGAUUUUAUACUCUUCUUCCUCUUAGGUGAGUUGAUAAUAUCUGCUAUUUUAGGAAGAACAUGUGUGCAGGAUUCCCUAUCAUUUUUGAACUCAAAAUCUUUUUAAAAGAGUUUCUCACAUGAGAGGAAACCGACCCUCAAGGUUCGGAGUGCCCUUUGAGGAUAUGUUUGGAGAUCGGAUAGCUUUACCGCGUCCCGACCAUCUCUCACUACUUACCAUCCCCCAAACAUCUUUACUCCUCAAUAAAUUGUAUGACAAGGUAAAAAGUACAUUUUAGCGAUUUAAGAGACCUCAAAGCUCUCAUUUGUACUCAACAUGUGUGGAAACCCAAUGUGGAGUGCAGCCUGUGAAGUGUCGCUCGGGCUAAGACGAAUCCGUCCAACAACUUCCCCACAUGUGAUCUUGAAAGGAAAGGAAAUGACUCAUCCAAUCUUGGUCAUGAUGGAUAUAUGCUUAUUUGCAAAAGAGUUCGCAAAAUAUUGGUGCAAUGCGUGUCAAUGUAGACAAAGGAGACCAAUAAACGACAACUUCUAAAUCGAAAGAAAGAAUAAAGAUCACCCUCAAAGUUCUUCUACUUAUUUGAUGAUUGAGAAGUCCUCGGUGCACACCUUGAAUGUUCGGCCCAAGGUAGUAAGUAUGGUCCUCACCCAAGAAGUUGUGUGUGCACAAUAAGAUGAUGGUAACAUUUUCUCAUCUCCAUCUACUCUUCUUUAUGCAAUGAAGAACUAGAGUACAUCCCACCUUGAUUUGCAUUGGUUUGACUAGGUUUGCUUGGGGACAAACAAAUGCCUAAGUGUGGGGGAGUUUGAUAACACCCAAAUUGGUAUUAUUUACCCUUCAUGUCUAGGUCUAUUCCUUGCUAAUUCAUGUGCAUAAUCAUUAGAAUAGCGUCAAUUGCAUCCUUAUUAUGUUCCUAUUUGAUUAUGAUGUGAUUUUAGGGUGCUUCAAACAUUAUAUGCGAAUUAGGUACGAACAGGGGCACAAGUGUAGCAAAAUGGGUAGAAGGCUGAAGAUCACGACCUGGAGAUGGAGAUCACGGCCGAGAAUACAUACUAUGACCUCAAGGUGAAGAUCGCGGCUUGAGAGCCUAAGAUCGCAGUUGCGAAUCUGAAGGCUUCGGGCGCAAACUUCGUGAAGAAGCCAGCCGAGGAGAAACAGAGAGUUUCCCUAGUCUGAUCACGAAAACAGUUCACCCUGGCCGCGAGGAAGUUCACAGCCGUGCUUCACAGAUCACGAACAUGAAGCCAGCCCGCGAACCCCUCGCGUUUGAAGGCCAAAACGGCGAAGUCGACAAAUCGCGGUCUCAAGGAAGAAGAUCGCGACCGCGAUCUUCACACUACUUGGCUAUGAACUUUCAUGUCCUCUGAAGGCUAUAAAUAGAAGACCCCUUUCACCCAUUUGAGAGAGAUGAUUUUGAGAUAUAAAUUUAUGGUUAGAGAGAGAAGUUGAAGGAAAGAUAAGAGGAGAAGAUGAGAAGAAAGAGAAGGCGCUAGAAGAGAGGAGUCACCUUCCUCAACAUCAAGUAUUCCCUAAUUUCUUCUAUGUAUCUUAUUCCCUCCUUUAUGGAGUAGUCUUCUAAGGUACUAGGGGUUCUAAACCUCAAACUCUAGUUUUAUGUCUAUUAUGUAAUGUAUGAAUAUUUUAGGGUUUUGAAUAAAUAUAUUUAUCUAGUUGAUUUCAUUGCUUCUCUAGCUUUAAUUGUGUUUGGGUAAAUCGCCAUAAUCUUCUCUACUAGCUUACUUGAGCUUCUACGCUGGGUAUGGAGUUUUAGGGUUAGACGGGUAUGCGUCAUCAAGCAAAUUAGAUUAGAUGAAUGAAUAGAAUCUUAUGGUGGACGAGGUGACUAUAACCCUGCCAUAGGAAUCCCUUCCUAGAUAGAACCCAGGAUGAAACCUCGGUGUGGACAGUGGGUAGUACCCAUUAAAAUGAGCUAUGUUCUUAAUGCCCAAUAUAUGAUAGCCUAGAUCGAGGUGACUGACAUGGGUUUAAGGGAGGCGUACUCGGAGGCAUGUGGAUAACCAAGAAAGCACAUGGAAAAGAGCUCACUCACCACAUUCACUAAACCAAACUUAUUUAGAUAUUUUCAUAGUAAACCUAGGCUCGGGUGAGGGAUAGUUCCCUGAAGUACCUACUUUUAUCCAUAUUUGUUCUCUCUACUAGAUAUUUCGCUUGAAUCCUCCAUCACAAACCCUUGAACCGAUCGGCUAGAUAACAACAACGUGGGAAGUAGGCUAGGGUACCGAGACCCGAGUGAAUACGAUCUUGAUUGCCACUUUAUGACAAUGUCAUUCUAGAUUAAACUUGGUCUAGGAUG